UUUCUUCUAAUUGAUAUUUCAACUAAAAUUUAUUUUUAUUUCAAAAAAAAAAUAUUUGAAAAAUACACAACAUGCAUUUACCUGAAGAAUACAGAAACUACAAAUUGUCUACUGUGAAUGAAAUUCCUAUUCAUUUUUUUUCUAUCAAUAGUGCAAGCAAUUGGGAUUUUGAAUCGUAUUUUAGUCAAACACACUCUAAUCUUAAUAAGUACAAGAACUUCAAAAAAAUUGUAAAAGAUUAUAACGACGAUCUCAAUUUGAUCUCUCAAUCAAAGGAGGUUCCAAAUAUCAUCAAAGAAUAUGCUAUUCAUUUACUAAAUAAAAUAAAACCCAGCAAAGCCCAGUUAAAGACCAGAGCUACAAAAAAAAGGAGAAUAUCAAGUAUGGGAAUUAUUUUCAAUGGUCCAAUUAACGGUGGAACUAUUAAUGCAACUGUCAAUAAUUCAAGUGAUGAUAAGAGAAUUUAUGAAGAACAGCAAAAUUCUGUAGAAAGAUUUGAUGAACAAGAGUCAAGUGCAAAUAAUCAAGAAAACCUUGACGAACACGAACCCAGCAUUGGAACUGAAUGGCUCAGAUUUAUUAAGAAGCAUCAAUUGUUAUUUCAUCCAUUUAGUCCUGUAGCCAAUAAUAUCAUUAGAUCUGGUGAUGGAAUUUCCCCAAGACCUUACUUGGAUAGGAGCUUAUAUGAAAAGCAUAUGGAAAGUCACGAUGUAGAGCAAUAUACACUCCCGACUGUAUUAUGUGAUCAUCUUGAUCCUGCCAUUGAUGCUACUGAUUUGGUUGAGUUUAAGAAAGAAAUCAGAAAAUUAUCGGUUUUAAUAUUAAAAGAAGAAGAAAGAGCACAAAAUGAAAAUGAAUGCUUGGAAUUUCUUGAAGAAUUUCUCAAUCAAGUGCAUAAGAUGUAUACAUCACCAGUUAAAUAUAAUUCCAAUGAAGACGCCUUUAAUCAACUAUAUACAUGGCCAUACCUUGGUUUAAUUGGCAGGAGUGUCAACACUGAUGAAUGUAAGGGAUAUUUUAUUCAAGGGCAGCCUGUCUUGCAAAGUAUGAGUCGGCAGUUGAAGGAAGUAGGUAUUUUUGCGGAUAAAAGAUCCCAAUAUAAGUCGGAUGGAUUAGUAAAGCUUCUUAAUUUGAAGGACCUUGAACUCCUUUUACUUGAAACUUCUGGGCAUUUCGAAAAUAAUGAUAAGGUAAAAAUCAGUCUAGACCAUCACAAAGGGGUGUAUGGCAUCCUAGCAAUGCUCAAGUGCAUUGCUGAUGAAUACUCUUUCGCUUCUGUUGCCAAGUUUAGUCAAGUAAAAGUAUUUUUUUUACACGCAGCUGAAACCAAAUUGCACUUGUGGAGCAUGCGUUAUCAACCCGAUGGGCUAUUUGACCUUUGGAGAGAGUUAUGCUUGGAAGUCAAACCACACUUUGAAGAUAGAGCAAUAUUUUUACCACAGUUGAUCAAAUUUUGUUGGAAUACAAAGUGUCUCUUAGAACAAGCAGUAAAGAAUAUUAUAGAUAUCAAAAAGGAACAUCAAGAAAAUAGUUCAAAGUUCCGAUAUAAUCCUGAAAGCUAUACCCAACUAAGCAGCAUUGUAAACCCUGUGAUAGUAAAAUUGACCAAAGAAGAAGAUAGCACUGGUAUGGGUGAUCUUGGACCCAUGUAUUCCCCACCUCAUCAUUGAACAUCGCUGUACUGUAUCAUACUAUAGACCACUGGGUUUGAUACUAUACAUUUUUUUCCUACAUAAAAGAUUCAUAUUAUUAUUUUAUUGCAUUCAUCACCAUUUGAGCUUAUUUUCUUGAAAAUUUUGAUAUUU